GCGACGGUCGGAGAUGAUGUGAUCCUCGGCCGCUGGUUUCCCUCACUCUCACACGCGCACAUCGCAGAGAUUCAGACGGCGGCGGCGGCUGCUGAGAUGACGACGGCGGAGAAGCUGUUGGUGCAGCUCUUCGAGAGGAGGGAUUGGAUAAUUGACCAAGCGAGGCAGCAGGCUGAGUUGUACGAUCACCACAUAGCCUCGAAGCUCCUCGUCCAUGGCAUAACUCCUCCUUGUUGGCUCGGGAACCCUAAUCCUUCUUCUCACUCCACUCAGUGGAACAAAGAAGAAUUGAUUUCUGAACUUCUGAUUCCUCAUACACAGCGUCGAGUGCAUUACCAAACUGCUCAUUAUUCUCACAACACUAAGCCGGUUGUCAGAGACUACCCAGAGGUUUGGAAUGGAUUCUGCGCAGAAACUCAUGCUUCAAACAUCGAUGUUGAUGUGGGAGAGGGGCCAAGUAUGGUGGAUGGUUGCCUUGAGAUUGAUGUUGAAAAUAAUCUAGAUGUUGUUUCUGAGCUGGAUUGUAGUGUUAGCUCACCAGUUGACCAUGGAAAUGCUAGAAUCUCAAAUGUAUACAGUGUUCCUGAUCAGUCGUUAGCAAGGAUUCAGAGGUCCAAAUCAAGGCAAAAAGCUCUUGAGCUCCGGAAUAGUGCAAAGUCAGUGGCUAAGAAUCAUCCAAGAAAUGAAGAGAGGAACGACGGAUCUACAGGCGGUAUUAGAAUGCCUAGUUUAGAGUCUGAGUGCGUUGAUCAUUUCAAUGUGGCACCGAAGUCACCUGAGCCUUCUGCUGUGAGCUGCCAUAUUUAUGAAAAUGGAGAAAUGAACACAGAAUAUAGUCAAGGUUUGGGAGAUGGUAGCGACCUCCAUGCUGUUCAAAAUACUAGGUUUGACAAUUCUGCCAAUCGGCACAUCCAUAAGGAAUCACCCACAAAGGAACUUAAAGCUUCUGAAAGGGAAAUCAAUUCACACUUGGGAAGCAACAUAAACUCCAGAAGCUUCAAAAUUUUUGGGGAUAUUAAAUCUAAAGGCGGAGAUAGCCAAAGCGUGGAAACAGGUAAAGAUAUUGAUGUUGGUAGAACUACAAAGUCUUGGACUUCUAGCAUAAGUUGCAGGUUUAGGGAAACAUGUGAUGAUAACAGCCAAGUAGAAAAGUUAGUAAUGGAUAAACAGCACGACAAGAGUAUAACGCCUAAAGGUUCUGCAAAGCAAGCAAGUUGUGCAUGUGAUCCGGUGACACUUUAUCCUUUUGCUGAUGUCAUUGCUCAGGAGAAUGAUGCUGCUGAAAUAGGGUCCUUGGAUGAUUUGUCUCAACAGCCUUGCUGUGCAAGGAAGCCACUGAAAUUGGUUGACCCUUCUAAUCUAAGUAAAGAAUUUUUUGCUGACAAAGAAGAAACUUUGGAAGAUGGCUUGCCUCAGAAUGAUGAGGCUUCCAAGUUCUCCCGCGGGUUAUUUGGAAGAUCUAACUGCUCUAGCAAGCAAAAUGAAUGUGUUAAUCGGGCUUCAAACCCAAAUAUAGAUUCUUCAUUUUCGGGGAUGGAUAGGGGCAUUCUCUCAGUACCCUCAGACAUUGUGCAAGAAAAUGAUAAUUGCAACAAAUUCUCAGCAGGGGCCUAUAUUUCAGAUGGGCCACUUCAUAAAAGAAGGUCAGAAGAUAGUUGUUACAAUAAACUAGAAUCAGAUCCUGCCAAUAAUUCAAGUGCUUCUGGUCUUAAAAAUACUCAAUUCAUAUUGUUUGCCGCAGAAAAGUUUGUAUCUGCUGGCAAUGAACUUGAAAAUUCUUUAGGUUGUCAAGUAAUUCAUAACAUCCAUUGUAAGACUAGCCAGAAGGAAAUUGGAGAUACUAUUGUAGAAAAUAAACUGGAAACUGAUAAGGUUGUAGAAGAUCAUUCUUCCAGUUACAAACUGGACAACCUUGAUAGUGACAUCAGAAAAGACUUGGAGUGUUUGGCAGAAAAGCCUCCCUCUGAUUGUUUCAUGCUAGUGAAGCCAAAGCAGCUUGACUUUGAUCACACUGAAGGCUCGAAUGUUACUCUUCUAACAGUGAAAAGGAAAAGGACAGAGAAAUCAGCAGAAGUGUUCAACACUUCGCAAUCUUUGUCAGAUAAGGACAGUACUGAUAAUAAAAUAGAACCUACUGAGAAAGUGUCACUGGUAGAGCCUAAGGUCCACAGUGAACUAAGAGAAGACUGGAGGAAGUCUGUUGAAUUUAAUGUUUCAGGAGACUUUCAAUUUGAGGUGGCCAGAGAUGAGUCUACUACAGAAAAGCAUUUGGACUUGAAGAACAUGAAAAAUGACUCAAAACCUGCGUACACUGAAAAUUCACCUUGCACGAACAAGGAAGAUGUUAUGCUGCCAAAGGCUGGUGACACUCCUGACUUAGAUUUAAGUAACUUGAAUGCUUCCUGCGAACAAGGUCACGGGUCAUCACCACAUCAGCAAGCUGAAGGGGUAUGAUAAUUUCUGCUGUUUUCAUGUAUCCUAUAUUUACAAAGAGAAUUCCAGUUUGCCCAUGUAUGUUAGGUACUCCAGACCACCCCACUUUAACAUGCCUAGUAAUUGUAAAUUGUUUUUUUUGCAGAGUAAUUUUCUUGAAUAAGUUUCUAGUUUUGUUUACCUCUUUGUACCUCUCUAGUCUAGUAGUCUCUUAAAAAAUCUUCUCAUAUUUUUUCUUAAAUGAUUAAUAUCUGCUGUUUGCAAUUUUUAAUCAAGAUUUAUUUGACCUUUUCAUAGAUUUAGUCUUGACUCCCCCCCCUCCUUUACAGUGUGCAUAUGUAAACAUAAUUUUUCCCAUUCUUUUUUUAGGUGGAAUGGUGGAUGGAUAGUGUAAGGAGUGUAUGCCAUUAUUUUAUAUUCAAAGAGCUCCCUUGCACGAAGCACCUCUUCAGUUGUCUA